AUGCGACCAAAGAACGACGGCACCGGCCCUGCGGGGGUUGCGGCAAACGGGCUGGCCCUGAGGGUGGUUAUCAUGCGGGCAAGGAAUCUGGCGGCCAAAGAUCGUAGUGGAACUUCGGAUCCGUAUCUUGUUGUCACCCUUGGCGACGCCCGAAUCGUCACCCACUCCGUCCCCAAAACGCUCAACCCCGAAUGGAACGUCAUCGAGGAGCUGCCCAUAAGCUCUGUACAAAGCCUGGUCGUAGGCGUCAUAUGCUGGGACAAGGAUCGCUUUGGCAAGGAUUAUCUCGGAGAGUUCGACCUAGCGCUCGAAGAGAUCUUCCAGAACGAAGUCGCCGAACAAGAGCCACGGUGGUAUCCCCUGAAGAGCAAGCGCCCUGGCAAGAAAACCAGUGUCGUCUCCGGCGAAGUGCAGCUUCAAUUCACCCUAUUCGACACUACAGCCCCAUUCCUCCCUCAGCAACAGCUGUUUGAAAAGUUCUACGCACUUGUUGGCACGGUUCCCGUCGGCUCGUCCCGAAAUGUUACACCUACCGAAACUCCACUGCUCACCCCGAGUGCCGCGGCGCACUUGGGGGGCUCGUCGUCGGCAGACGGGCUUGGCGAUGAAGACGAUGAGGAUGACCUUACGGAGCUCGAGGAAGAUAUUGCCGAUGAUGCCGAGGAUCCCUCAAAACCAGAGACUGCCGAGAAGCGUCGGCGGCGACUUCGCAUCAAGGGCCUCAAGAAGAAGAGGCGGCAGGAUCCCUACGCCUUCACCAAUAGCGACUCCGACGUUGUUGGCAUCAUCUACUUGGAGAUUUCCAAGAUCACAGACCUUCCACCUGAGUCGAACCUGACGCGGACUGGCUUCGAUAUGGACCCGUUUGUCGUGGCAUCCCUAGGCAAGAAGACCUACCGCACCAAGCGAGUCCGGCACAACCUCAACCCGGUCUUCAAUGAGAAGAUGAUCUUCCCGGUGCAGAAUCACGAGAAGCAAUACUCGUUUGCUUUUACCGUCAUCGACCACGACAAGUAUUCCGGCAACGACUUCAUCGCUUCGUGCAACCUGCCUAUUCAGACGCUCAUAGAAAAGGCGCCCCAGGCAAACCCAGAGACGGGGUUGUAUGAGGUUCGCUCUCCCGAACCGGAACCAAUGCCGGCGCCGGUUGUCACAAAAUCUCGUCUCCAGAAGCUCGGGGUUUCCCGCUCCUCGUCGACGCAGAGUCUAAGCAAGAUGAUGAAGGCGCAGGCCCCUAGGUCUACCCCUUCAAACGGCUCUUCUUCCCUUACAGCGCUUGGCGAUGGAAGCGGCCCUCAGUCCAGCAGCACGUCCCUGGCACCUGCAGAUGCCCUUGCCAACAUCCCAGUCGAAGCUUCAGAGCAGGCCAUGGAGGCGGAUGACCCCGAUCUCGCAGAUUACGCUCUACCAUUGAAGAUGAAGAACCUGGAUAAGUGGGAAAGCAAGCACAACCCCGUCAUCUACAUGAGAGCCAAGUAUGUACCAUACCCAGCCCUCCGCCAGCAGUUUUGGCGGGCGCUGUUGAAGCAGUAUGAUACAGACGAAAGCGGUCUGAUCAGCAGGAUCGAGCUGAGCACAAUGCUGGAUACUCUUGGCUCAACAUUGAAGGACUCCACCAUUGACAGCUUCUUCCAGCGCUUCCCUCACAAGGCUGCCGAUAACGAGGACUCGUGGGAGCUGACCUUUGACGAAGCCGUGCUGUGCCUGGAGGAUCAGCUGCAGGCCAAGAGUCGAUCUGGAAGCAAGACUCCUAUUUUGGAUGUAAAGAGCCUCAGCCUCACCGGCAAAUCAUCGUCUGGAGAUUCCACUGGCCAGCCAAGCUCCGACGGCUCAGGAAACUCGACACCCCAGAUCAUGGUCGAGCCGCCAGCAGAGGCGACCACGCCUAUUCCCGAGAUCAGCACGCCCAACGAAGAGGGAGAGGAGGGGUAUUUUGAUCAAGAAUCCAAGGAAGAACACGUGGUGGAGAUUCGCGAGUGCCCCAUCUGCCAUCAGCCGCGCCUGAACAAGCGCAGCGACGGCGAUAUCGUUACGCACAUUGCGACGUGUGCAAGCCAGGACUGGCGCCAGGUCAACACAGUCCUCGUGAGCGGAUUCGUGACGGCCAGCCAAGCGCAGAGAAAAUGGUACUCCAAGGUCAUCACCAAGAUCUCGUAUGGUGGAUACAAGCUCGGCGCCAACUCGGCAAACAUUCUCGUUCAGGAUCGUCUCACGGGGCAGAUUAACGAGGAGAAGAUGAGCGUCUAUGUGCGCUUGGGUAUCCGACUCCUCUACAAGGGGCUGAAGUCGAAGGACAUGGAGAACAAGCGAAUCCGGAGAAUGCUGAAGAAUUUGAGCAUCAAGCAAGGCAAGAAAUUUGACGACCCUGCUUCACGGGAUGAAAUCGAAAAGUUCAUCGACUUCCAUCGCCUGGACAUGUCAGAAGUCUUGCUGCCGAUUGAAGAGUUCAAAAACUUCAACGAGUUCUUCUACCGCGCGCUCAAGCCGGGGGCCAGGCCGUGCUCGGCGCCAGACAACCCUCGUAUCAUUGUUUCGCCGGCGGAUUGCCGAAGUGUCGUCUUUAACCAGAUCUCGCAGGCGACCAAGAUCUGGGUCAAGGGUCGCGAGUUCAACAUGAAGAGGCUCCUCGGAGAUGCCUAUCCAGACGACGUCUCGCGGUUCGAGAACGGCGCUCUGGGCAUCUUCCGACUGGCCCCCCAGGACUAUCACAGAUUCCACAUUCCCGUCGAUGGCGUCAUGGGCAAGCCCAUUACCAUUGCUGGCGAGUACUACACAGUCAACCCAAUGGCGAUUCGUUCGGCGUUGGAUGUGUACGGCGAGAAUGUGAGGGUGCUGGUGCCCAUCGACAGCGAGGUCCACGGACGGGUCAUGGUCAUCUGUGUCGGAGCCAUGAUGGUGGGCAGCACAGUGAUUACGCGCAAGGAAGGCGAGCACGUGAGGCGUGCCGAAGAACUCGGCUACUUUGCGUUUGGUGGCAGCACGAUUCUUUUGCUGUUUGAGCCUGGCAAGAUGCGAUUCGACGACGAUCUGGUAGACAACUCUAACGGAGCCCUCGAGACCUUGAUUCGCGUCGGCAUGUCGAUUGGACAUUCGCCCACUCAAUCACAGUGGACUCCAGACAUGCGUAAGAACGAGCAGGACAUCACGGAAGCUGAUAAACAGGAGGCGAAGAGACGAAUCCAAGGCAGCGCGGCGCUGGAGGAAGAGUCGCCUGGUGGCAGCGGUGAUGAGAACCGGGGAACCAAGAGGACAUCGCUUCCCCCGACCGUCAACACGAUGGCAGCAUCAGCACUGUAG